UUAUUAGGAAUUCUUAUCUAGUAAAAAUAUCCUGUGAUUCCAGUAUGUGUUGAGAGGGCUUUUUUUCUCUCUCUUGUAAGAUAAAGUUUUCAUACAUGGGAAUCAACAAAGCUUUAGCAACACGUUAGUGUGAUGGGACAGACUUGAUUCCAUCAAAUGAUUCAUAUUUCAAAUUUAAUUUUAAUUUGAGAAUCUUUUAAUGCCUUAACUUUCAAUGUGUUAUUCAAUCAAAAAGAAAACUAAUCAAAUAAAUAAAUCUUUUCUCACUCCUUAAUGUAACAAAAGUUUUCAUAUUUGUUCGUAGUACAAAUAAGAGAGAUGUAGAAAUUUCGAACCUCCCACAAAUAGUACAUGCCAACAAAAGAAGUUUCCAUAACCUAUCACAUGUAAUUUGUAUGUGUUGGGAGAAAAUAGUUGAGCACAAUGAAAAUUUGAAAAUAGUUAGCAUCAAAAUAACUCAACUAGAUUAGACAACAUCCAGCCAAUUCAACAUUUAGGAUAGGAAAAUUAAAAUUACUUAACAAGCAAAUUUCAUUGAUUUAUUAUCUGGGACAAAGACAAUGAAACCUCCAACUAUCUCUACUAUAGUAUGAUAUUGUUCACUUUGGAUAUGAAUCAUUAUGAUUUUGAUUUUGGAACCACCAAAAGGUCUCAUUACCAAUGGAGAUAAUUCUCUUAAUUUAUAUACCUAUGAUCAUGCCCUUCCCUACACCAUUGUGGGCUUGAUUUUAUUUAUACUCCUAGUAAUUCUCCCCCAAACGAAGUACCAUUUUGAGUCACCUCUCAGUUAGAUCAGUCCACUCCCAAUCAUGAGAGCUUGCUUUAAAUCUUGAGACACCUCCAAUUCAUUCCAUGUCAACUUUCAAAUAAAGCACAAGUAAGAUCACAUAUCACACUUGCUCUUAUCAAGGUAGGGGUGAUGACAAGGCUACCCAAAUAGACCAUAAACUAUGCUCACUAAAAUGUUUUAUUUGAAAUUUGAGGAUUUCACCGCAAACAGCUAGAUCUAGACCAUGAUACUAAUAUCGAUUGAUGAAGACAACAAAAUCUUCACCUAUCUUUAUAAUGGUGCGAUAUUGUCUACUUUAGGCAUAAACCUUGAGACUCUGCUUUUGAAACCACCUUAAAGGCUUAAUACCAAUAGAGAUCUUUCCUUCCUGAAUUAAUGUGGGACUUUGUACCCUCCUUAUAAUAUAGAUAUUUGAAUUUCGAAGCCAAAAAGUAGAACCAUUAAAAAAAAAUAAAAGAAGAAAAGUUUGGUAGUUAGAUAACCAACACAUAAUUGAGCCAUGUGCAAAAUUGCUUGGUGGGCAAUACGCCAUGGCCCUUAAUGUUCAAACCAGCACACACUGCAACACAAUUCUCAAUUUCAACUCCCCACAAUCUCUUGUAUUUCCCUUAAUCAAUCCAGCCAAGAUAAUUCAAUUCCCAGCUCAUGGCAUAAAAUUUUAAAGGAUUAAAAUAACAGUAACAAUAAUAAUAAUAAUAAUCAGGGAAGGUUCUCUCUCACCCUCUCUUUUGUUUGUCUCUAUAUAGACCCACUUGCUUCUGUGUACUUCUAUUCCCCAAAGCCCUCCUUUCUUUUCAGUCAGAGCCCAAAAUCUGAGAUGGGUUUUCGAUUCAGAGCUCUAUCCCUCCUACUUUCACAAGCUCUAUUUAUCUUUUCACUAGAGACAGCAAAAGCUGAAGAUUUCUACAACAUAAGCAAUGUGGGAAGUAGUAAGCAAGCGAGGAGGUGCAAUUUGUUUGAAGGAAAAUGGGUUUUUAAUCCUUCUUUACCUCUUUAUGAAUUUUCAAGCUGUCCCUUCAUAGACCCUGAGUUUAACUGCCAAAAGUAUGGUAGACCAGAUCGAUCCUACCUCAAGUACACUUGGAAACCUAACCUCUGUGAUCUUCCAAGGUUUGACGGGUUGGAGCUUCUGAGGAAGUGGAGAGGGAAGAAGAUAAUGUUUGUAGGCGACUCAUUGAGUCUUAACAUGUGGCAGUCCUUAACAUGUAUGAUUCAAUCGUCGGCACCAAGAGCCAAAACCUCCAUCGUCAGGAGGGAGUCACUCUCUACUGUGAUUUUCCAGGAGUAUGGAGUAAGCUUGCUUCUUCACAGGACGCCCUACCUUGUAGACGUAGUGAAAGAGAGGAUUGGAAGAGUCCUAAAGCUUGAUUCCAUUGAAGGAGGCAGUGUGUGGAAGGGAAUGGAUGUGCUCAUAUUCAAUUCCUGGCACUGGUGGACCCACAAAGGAAGAUCCCAGCCGUGGGAUUAUGUGCAAGUAGGAAAUACAGUGAAGAAAGAUAUGGACCGUCUAGAGGCAUUCUAUCAAGGGUUGACCACCUGGGCGAGAUGGGUGGAAAUGAAUGUUGAUCCCAGUAAAACCAGGGUUAUUUUCCAGGGAAUCUCCCCCACUCAUUAUGAGGGAAAGGAUUGGAACCAACCAAGGAGGAGUUGCAAUGGCGAAAGUGUACCACUCUCGGGGUCACUGUAUCCAGCAGGGACACCACCCGCGGCAGAAAUUGUGAAGAGAGUGCUGAGUAGAAUGAGGAAGCCAAUUUUCUUGCUGGACAUCACAACGUUGUCACAACUGCGGAAAGAUGCUCAUCCCUCUACUUACAGCGGCGAGCACGGGACAGAUUGCAGCCAUUGGUGCCUUCCUGGUUUGCCCGACACUUGGAACGAGCUUCUCUAUGCAGCUUUCACCAUGUGAAGACCAACCAUGAAACACUUGAAGCUCUUUUCGUCUCUGCAAUUCUUCACAGGGAGUGUUGGAUGAUAGAAAUUCAUUCAUUUGAUUAACCAGCUUAACGGUAGUUGGAAGCAAGAAAUGUAAUGGCAACAAAGCAAUUGUAUAAAAUAUAUUUUAGUUGUUGGAGUUUCUGAGAAUAGUUUCAAAUCGACAAGGAAAGAUACGGAUGAGAUGGUAUAAAGAUGGCUGCUUGGGAUUAAAUUGGAAUAACACGCUCUAUUGCGCAUCUUUAAAAGAUGGAUCAAUUGAAUUUAAGUUUGGCUUUUAGAACAACUCUAUUUUCCAUGAAUCAUAUUAUUGAACUAAGUGUAGAUCUUAUAAACCACCUAUCCUCACUCAUUUGGAACUAAUGAGGCCAGAAAAAUACACAUAUGACCAAUGGCCCAGUUAUAAAGUAGG